AUGGUGGCUGACCCUAUGCCUGUUUUGCUUAUGACCAAGAGGACCCAGAUAGACCAGCAAUGGGUUACAGGUGUUGUUGGAAAGCUACACUUAAGUAGUUGGAGCUCAACCCCUUCAGGGACCAUUUACAUCUCCCGGGAAUAUGACCUGGCCCAAGAGGCCCAAGUCCAGGUCUCCAACAGCAUCCUACAGGCCGAGCAGUCCCUUAAAGGGAAGCUGCCUGACUCCCCCCAAGUAGAAGUCCUGUCUUCUUGGCUCCAACUUAUUCAACGCACCCUACUAUUCCUCAAUGAGACCCACACCCUGCCCAACGUCUCCCACUGCUUUCUAUGCACCUCUCUCCAAAGGUCUUUGCUGGCUGCCGUCCCACUCACGACUUCUCCAAGAACCCAAGGGAAAGGUGAAUGUCAGCCUCCUGUGGCUGGCAUUCCCCUUUGUGAACCUGAAACUCCAGAGCCCACCCUGCCCCCACGGAUAUGUUACCAGACCAGUAAUCCAGUAAUCGGAGGGCGAGUCACUUGGAACUGCACCCAGAACUACAUCGCAUCCAGUCACACCAAGGCCAGCCUGGCCCCCUGCCUCCUCAAGUUCAUCCACUCCCGGAUUGCGGAGAUGUCACGGGUGACUGUGAAUCAGCUCCUGCUUCAUCCCUACACUCGGCUCCCCUCCGACCUGCCUCUACCUAACCCUGGCCUUUAAACGACCCCCCCCCAACGUCCCUGUUCAACUGGAAGUAGCCAGAAUGAGUCGGCGUCCCCUAUCACCAAAGG